UCGAGUUUACAUCCCCUAUCAACUUUUGUCUCAGAUCCUCCACUUUCUCUCUCUAAAAGUCUCUCUUUGCUUCUUCUCACAGCCACAAAUGGAACUAGCAAAGCGUAUCCACAGAUUCUUCAAGUUCAGGUCUCCAUCGCUGCCACAAGUUGUGUUCUCCAAUCUUCCUUAAAUUCACUUUCCAUUAUUCUCCCCGCCUACCACCAAAAAAAACUUUCAAAAAAAAAUCCUCAGAAAAAUCCAAAUUUCCAGGAAAACGUACUUUUCCAAGAAAAUUCAAGAUCCUCUCCCAUUCUUAUACCUACCUUUCAUUCUCAUUGUGCUGUCAAAUCCUACUCUUAUCACUUCUCAGUCAAAUGUUUGCGAAGAACUACGACUUCUCACACGCUGUUGUGGAAAUGGCUUGUUGGAUUAUGCUAAGGAUUGACUACUCACGCCUCUUUUGGAUUCUCUUUGGUGUCUUCUCUUACGAAAAUCAUGAGGGAAAGCCUCGGAUUUAGAGGCUUCUUCUUCUUAUUCUACUCACAAACUUAAAUACGUAACUAAUACUAUAAUUUAAAUUAUACUUUAUUUCAAAUCAGUUCCAGAUUUACCCGUGACGAGGUUGUUCGUAGCUCGAGGCUCAAUCAUGUACAGAGGAAGGUUGAGAGAGCGCACCGAUGAAGAAAUGGAUGAUCAUGGAUAUGCUGAAACCGACCCAACAGGUCGUUAUGGUCGUUUUGAGGAAGUUCUUGGAAAAGGGGCAAUGAAAACUGUGUACAAGGCAAUUGAUGAGGUCCUUGGAAUGGAAGUGGCAUGGAAUCAGGUAAAACUCCAUGACGUGCUCCAGUCACCGGAGGACUUACAGCGGCUGUAUUCCGAGGUUCACCUGCUCAGCACCCUCAAUCAUGACUUGAUCAUCCGGUUCUACACCUCUUGGAUCGAUGUUGAUCAGAGAACCUUCAAUUUUAUUACUGAAAUGUUCACUUCCGGCACCCUGAGAGAAUACAGGAAGAAAUACAACAGUGUGGACAUCCGAGCCAUUAAGAUUUGGGCUCGGCAAAUCCUGGAAGGCCUUGUUUAUCUGCAUGGUCAUGAUCCUCCGGUAAUCCACAGAGACCUUAAGUGUGAUAAUAUCUUCGUCAAUGGCCACCUUGGGCAAGUGAAGAUUGGUGAUCUAGGGCUGGCAGCAAUUCUUUGUGGGUCUCACACAGCUCACAGUAUUAUAGGCACACCAGAGUUCAUGGCGCCAGAGUUGUAUGAAGAAAACUACAACGAACUGGUUGAUGUAUACUCAUUUGGCAUGUGUGUGUUGGAGAUGCUUACUUCUGAAUAUCCAUACAGUGAGUGUGCCAACCCAGCACAGAUAUACAAGAAAGUGACAUUGGGUAAGCGGCCAAGGGCAUUCUACAAAGUUCAAGACUUGGAAGCACAGAGGUUCAUAGGAAAAUGCUUAGAACCUGCUUCAAAGAGAUUAUCAGCAAAAGAACUAAUGGUCGAUCCAUUUCUUGCACUUGAUGAGUAUGAGCCUGUAACAACGAUGGGACAGCAGAAGCCAUUCUUGAACGAUAACUUAGGAAUUGAGGAACUGCGACUGAAUGAGGAUCCACCAAGGACCAACAUGACUAUAACAGGAAAGUUGAAUCCUGAAGAUGACACAAUCUUUCUUAAAGUGCAGAUUGCAGAUAAAGAAGGUCCCGUAAGGAAUAUAUUUUUUCCCUUUGACUUUGUAAGUGAUUCACCCCUCGAAGUUGCAAAUGAGAUGGUGAAGGAAUUAGAGAUUACUGACUGGGAACCAUCUGAAAUUGCGGAUAUGAUUGAUGGAGAGAUAUCCGGGCUAGUACCACAUUGGAGGAAAUGGGUCCAUCCCCAACCACCUCACUGCCAUAUACUUGAAGAUGAUGAUGAUCAUCGCCACCUUUUCUACUCUUUCUCGCCUUCUUCUUCAUCUCCAGUUUCGCUCUCAGGCCUGAUCACUUCUCAUGGAACAGAUGAAAGGAGUCAUGAUUGUGAUUGGCUCGGAGAUGACUUGUUUGAUGACAGCAGCUCUCAGAGUUCUUUACACUCUGGGAAAUAUUCCAACUUGAAUUAUUGUUCUGGUGAUGAUCCUGAACCCAUAAUAAACUCAGGAAAACAGAAUAAGCACCCUGUUGCAAACACCUACAACUCUACCAGAUUCUGCCCUGGAGAGAAUUCAAGCACCGGGCAGUCCAUCUCUGGAAAUUGGUUUAACCAAGGCAGGACUAUUCCAGAGUCACAAGGAGAUUCUACUUCUAAAGACAAAAGCACAAUGAGCAGGCCUAAAUUAACAAGGAACCGAUCCCUUGUAGAUAUGCGUAGCCAGCUGCUGCAUCGGUCAUUGGUGGAGGAAGUGAGCAAGCGAAGGUUGUUUAAGACAGUGGGUGCUGUGGAAAACAUAGGAUUUCAGGAACCUGGUGGUGGGGCUUCCAGCAAGAUGCCACGGCCAGUGGAUGGUGCUCCUUAUUUGAGAACAAGAAGUGUUGGUAAGAGGCAAGGACAUAGAGGCAGAAGACUUUAAAUUUUCUUGAAUUUGUAUGUUAGUGAGGUGGUGUAAUAUGGAGUUCACUGAUAGUUGCAAGGUGUAAAUAGAAAUAAAAUUUGUGGUCUGAUUAACUGCAUGCUUGAAAGAGACUGAUCCUCUUGAUUGUAAUAUAUAAAUCUCUCUUUAAAAAAAAAUCCCAAACUAGUUGUUGAAAACUAGUUAAAAUCCCAAACUAGUUGUUGAAAACUAGUUAAAA